AAGUCCCAACGUAACGUCGGAGCGCGUAUGCGUAAUUGCGCUCGUUUUUGACUGGCCGCUUCCAAACUGUGCUUCGGCGGGGAGGGCGACCGAGCGAGCAGUCAGUGUCACUGAAGUGGUCGCCGCCGCCGCCGGGAUAUGAACGCGGACCGGAGGGGGGGGGGCAAACUAGGAAAUUAACCGGUUGCCACCACAGCGGGAGGACAAGUGGGGUCACGACAUGGAGGAAGACGACGUCUAAAGAGGAAAUUCAACUACAUUGAGUGACUACUCGGGGAUAUGUUCAUGAAGGCACCUGACUAUCUCACACUGUGACUUUUUCCCCGAUGUUGUCUGCGAAGGUUCGAGGGGGUUCGUCCCACUGUCUGACCCACUAACUGACCUGUUACGCAUCCUUUAUUUUUCUUCUUGUCGAGAAGGAACUUUUCAAUGCCUUUUUAAUGAUUCGAGACUUGAGCAAGAUGUACCCUCCGGCGCGGCAUCCGGUCCCACCGCAGCCCGGACAGCCGUUUAAAUUCACCGUGUCCGAAUCCUGUGAUCGGAUCAAGGAGGAGUUCCAGUUUCUCCAAGCCCAGUAUCACAGUCUGAAAAUGGAGUGUGAGAAACUGGCAAGUGAGAAAACGGAGAUGCAGAGACACUAUGUUAUGUACUACGAAAUGUCAUACGGACUCAACAUAGAGAUGCACAAACAGGCGGAGAUUGUCAAGCGGCUGAAUGCAAUCUGCGCCCAAGUCAUCCCCUUCCUUUCUCAAGAGCAGCAUCAGCAGCAGGUGGUGCAAGCAGUGGAAAGAGCCAAGCAGGUCACCAUGGCUGAACUCAAUGCCAUCAUUGGGCAGCAGCAGCUCCAAGCUCAACACCUGUCCCACGGCCACGCCAUCCCCGUGCCGCUCACACCGCACCCGGCGGGCCUUCACCCUCCUCUUCCCCCCGGCGCCAGUACCGCCAGCCUGCUGGCGCUGUCCUCGGCCCUGGGCCAUCAGUUGCCCCUCAAAGACGAGAGGAAACACCAGGAAAGCGCCGAAGAACACCCGCGAGAGAGAGAUUCUGUGAAGAGCUCAUCCGUGUCGCCGUCCGCCAGUUUUCGGACCGGAGAGAAGCACCGAAGUUCCGCCGAUUAUGCCGCCGACAGCAAGAAGCAAAAGACAGACGAAAAGGAGUCUAGCUCGAAACUCUAUGAGAGUGACGGUGAAAAGAGUGACGACAACUUGGUCGUGGAUGUCUCCAAUGAGGAUCCGAGCUCUCCCAGAGGAAGUCCCGCCCACUCCCCUCAGGAGAACGGACUGGACAAGAGUCGCCUGCUAAAGAAGGACGCUCCCCUGAGUCCCUCCUCUGUCGCUUCCUCCAGCAGCACACCUUCAUCCAAAUCCAAAGAGAAUCAUUUGAAGAACGAAAAAUCCACGACACCGGUUUCCAAGUCCAGCACGCCCACGUCCCGCUGCGACGCGCCCACUCCUAGCAGCGCCUCUGCCAGCCUUAGGGCGGCUCCGACUAAGCCAACGGGAGUUGAGACACUAGCACCUGGUCUGCGCACACCCCUGGCGGUACCGUGCUCGUACCCCGGCCCGUUCGGGAUGGUACCUCACAUCGGCAUGAACGGCGAGCUAAGCGGAGCGGGCGCCCCCUACGCCGGCUUGCAUAGCAUGACCUCAGUGGCCGCAGCUGCUGUGGCAGCAUACGGACGGACACAAGUGGUGGGAUUUGACCCUCACCAUCACAUUCGUGUCCCUGGCCUUCCUCCUAACCUGUCAGGCAUUCCUGGUGGAAAACCUGCCUACUCCUUUCACGUGAGUGCCGACGGACAAAUGCAGCCGGUGCCUUUCCCUCCCGACGCUCUGAUCGGCCCGGCCAUCCCGCGUCACGCGCGGCAGAUCAACACGCUAAACCACGGAGAGGUCGUGUGUGCUGUCACCAUCAGCAACCCGACCCGUCAUGUUUACACCGGCGGCAAGGGCUGCGUCAAGGUGUGGGACAUCAGUCACCCCGGCAACAAAACCUCCGUGUCUCAGCUGGACUGCCUCAACAGGGACAACUACAUCCGCUCCUGUCGACUGCUCCCUGAUGGACGAACGCUCAUCGUGGGAGGCGAGGCCAGCACUUUGUCAAUUUGGGACUUGGCCACACCCACUCCGCGGAUCAAGGCGGAAUUAACCUCGUCGGCUCCCGCGUGCUACGCCUUGGCCAUCAGCCCAGACUCCAAGGUCUGCUUUUCUUGCUGCUCCGACGGAAACAUCGCGGUCUGGGAUCUUCACAACCAGACUCUUGUUAGGCAGUUCCAGGGCCACACAGACGGCGCCAGCUGCAUAGACAUCUCCAAUGACGGCACCAAGCUUUGGACGGGAGGUCUGGACAACACCGUUCGUUCUUGGGACCUGCGAGAAGGCCGCCAGCUGCAGCAGCAUGACUUCACCUCGCAGAUUUUCUCAUUGGGAUAUUGUCCAACUGGCGAGUGGCUGGCGGUGGGGAUGGAGAACAGCAAUGUGGAGGUAUUGCAUGUCUCCAAACCUGAUAAGUAUCAGCUCCACCUACAUGAAAGCUGCGUGCUCUCGCUUCGAUUCGCUCACUGUGGAAAGUGGUUCGUGAGCACGGGAAAAGACAAUUUGCUCAAUGCCUGGAGAACUCCGUACGGAGCCAGCAUAUUCCAGUCCAAGGAGUCAUCAUCGGUGCUGAGCUGCGACAUCUCCGUCGAUGACAAGUACAUCGUGACGGGCUCCGGAGACAAGAAGGCCACUGUCUAUGAGGUCAUAUACUAGAGUAUGCGCUCACUGUUUUAACGUGGCCAACACACUGUAACAUAUGUAAUAUGUCAAAUAGGAAUUUUCCUUUGUUUGGAUUGUUUUUUUGUUUUUUUUUAAAGAAUGUCAAUACACACUGAGCAGAUGUUGUGAAAUGAAUGUCCGACAUUUCGUUUUUUUCUUCUUCUUAAUUUAUGAAACACCGGCACAAAAUUGUCAAUUUGUGAAGGCGUGCGUGUGUGUGUAAUUUGUAUGUAAACCCGAGGUUGCCCUCAGUGUCUUUUUUUUUACACGAUUGUGCAGCAGGGUCGAGAACGAAAAGUGGUAUUUGGUAUGUGGCAAAACUGAUUUUGCCGUGUGGCAUUUUUUUUUUGCCAUGUAGCAAAAUUGAUUUAGCCGUGUGACGUUUUUUUGCCAUGUGGUAAUGGAUGUAAUGGUAAGUGUAUCGUCAAAAAUCACAGCCACACGUUUUUCUGCCAUUUAAAAUAAAUAGAAAAUUUGGACGCACAUGGCCUGCUAAAAUGCCAUAUAUCCCAAAAAAAGGCCACUUGCCAAUAAAUAAAUAUAUAAAGCCUCAUACCAAAAUCCAUUUUGCCACAUACCCAAAAACAAUGCCACAUGGCAAAAAAAGCCACAAGGCAAAAUCAAUUUUGCCACAUGGCAAAAAAAAUGCCACACAGCAAAAUAAAUUUUGCCACUUGGCAAAAAAAAUGCCUCAUGGCAAAAUCCAAUUUGCCGCAUAACAAAAAAAAAAAAAAAAAUGCCACACAGCAAAAUCCACUUUGCCACAUACCCAAAAAACUGCCACCUGGCAAAAUGCAUUUUGCCAAAUGGCAAAAAAAAAAAAAAAUGCAACAUGGCAAAAUAAAAUGCCAUAUGGCAAAAUCCACUUUGCCACUUACCCAAAAAACGCCACAUGGCAAAAAAAUGCCACAUGUCAAAAUCAAUUUUGCCACGUGGCAAAAAAAAUGCAACAUGGCAAAAUCCAUUUUGCCACAUACGGAAAAAAAAAUGCCACCUGAAAAAUCCAUUUUGCCACAUACCCAAAAAAAUGCCACAUGGCAAAAAAAAAAAGGCACAUGUCAAAA